AUGGCAGCCAUUCAAGAACUCGCACAACGGGUCAAGCCCGAGGGCGACACCUCCUACGUCGACACCGAUGCGGGCAUCGACGAUGCCUCAGCUGACGGCUCUGAGUCAAAGCCGUACAAGUCCCUUGCCUACGCCAUGAUCGCCAACAUCGAGCGUCCCGCCACAAAGUACCUCUCCCGCGCCUCAAAGACAGGCGACGACCCAGGCGCUGCGCUGCAAUGGAAAGAACCCGCCAAGAGCGCCGUCAAGAAGGCCACCUCUGCGGUCGAGCAGCACAAGAAGAAGCUGGCCAAGCAGGCCUCUACGGCCGCGCAGGACCCCAGCUUGCCCGAGGCGAGGAAGCUGAGGAUCGACGACAAGAACGUGGAGCUGGGCGAGGGUGACAAGAAGGGCAGGAUCAAGGUGUCAGGUCGCAUCCACCGAUUGCGCCCACAGAAGCAGGCGACAUUUAUUGAGCUCGUUGACGGAUACGGCCACCUGCAAUGCAUCCUGGCAGCAGGACCCCUCACUUCGACCUACGAUGCGUUGACCUUCACCCAAAGCACCUCCCUGACGCUCUACGGCGAGAUGAAGAAGGCCCCCGAGACAGCCAAGGUGCCCGACAACCGAGAGCUGCACGUCGACUACUACGAGGUGCUGGGAGCGGCUCCUACCGAUCUCGACGCCCUCACCAACAAGGUGUCAGCCACUCAGGAUCAAUGGGAGUCGGACAUGCUUGACAACCGACACCUGGUUCUGAGAGGAGACAAGGCGUCGUCUGUUAUGAAGCUUCGAUCCGAGGUUGACUAUGCCUUCAGGCACCUGUACAAGCAAAUGAAGAUCAGGCAGGUGUCGCCGCCUGCCCUGGUGCAGACGCAGGUCGAGGGAGGCUCCACGCUGUUUGGAUUCAACUACUACGGCGAGAACUCGUACCUCACGCAGUCCUCGCAGCUGUACCUCGAGACCGUGCUUCCCUCCAUGGGUAACGUGUACUGUAUCGAGAAGUCAUUCCGUGCGGAGAAGAGUCUGACCCGGCGUCACCUUUCCGAGUACACGCAUAUCGAGGCCGAGCUUGACUUCAUCACCUUUGAGGACCUGCUGAGCCACCUGGAGGAGAUGAUCUGCGGCGUUGUGGACAUGGUUCUGGCCGAUGAGGAACUGGCCGGCUACAUCAAGCAGCUCAACCCUGGCUUCCAGAAGCCGUCCCGCCCCUUUAUGCGCAUGAAGUAUACCGAUGCGAUUGACUGGCUCAACGCUCAAGAUCCACCAAUCCUCAACGAGGAGGGCAAGCCUCACGUUUUCGGCGACGACAUCGCCGAGGCGGCUGAGCGCAAGAUGACGGACACGAUCAACAAGCCUAUCCUCCUGACGCACUUCCCCGUGGAGAUCAAGGCUUUCUACAUGAAGAAGGACCCCAACGACCUGCGCGUAACGGAGUCAGUCGACGUCCUGAUGCCCAACGUUGGUGAGAUCGUCGGCGGCUCGAUGAGAAUGGAGGGCUAUGAUGAGCUGGUGCAGGCGUUUAACAAGCACGGCAUCAGCCCUGACCCGUACUACUGGUACCUCGACCAGAGGAAGUACGGCACCUCUCCCCACGGUGGAUACGGCCUGGGCCUGGAGCGGUUCCUGGCCUGGCUGGCUAACCAGCACACCGUGCGGACGUGCUGCAUGUACCCUCGCUUCAUGGGACGAUGCAAGCCUUGA